UCAUAUAUACAGCAAAGUAUCCUCCCUCAACCCACAAUUGAAACCACCACCACCAUGUCUCUGUCAUCUUCAAUCCUCAUACUCUUGUUCUCCACCACAAUAACCACCUGCUUAUCAUCUGAAACCGUCAACACCUCCAUGGUACACCACCGCUUCCUCACAGUGGAUUACUACGCCAAAACAUGCCCUCAACUCGAACAGAUUGUCGCCUUCGUCACUUCUCAAAACUUUAAAGUGUCGCCGGCCACUGCUCCGGCGACUAUCCGCCUUUUCUUCCAUGACUGUUUUGUCCAGGGGUGUGAUGGAUCAAUCUUGAUAUCAAUGAAGCCCGGAAGCAUGGGAUUGCCGGAGAAGGAGUCGGAGGAUAACCAGGACAUUCCGGCCUACGCGUAUCAAAUUAUAGAGAAGGCGAAAGCUAUGGUGGAGAUGAAGUGCCCUGGGGUUGUAUCCUGUGCGGAUAUACUUGCACUUGCAGCCAGAGAUUAUAUUCAUUUGGCGGGAGGUCCAUAUUAUGCGGUUAAGAAAGGAAGGUGGGAUGGAAAACAAAAACCAAUGGCAAGUUUGGUGUACCCAAAUAUCCCACAUGCGAAUUCCACCAUUGAUAACCUCAUUAAGCUUUUCUCAUCCAAAGGUCUUACGCUUAACGAUCUGGUAGUCCUAUCAGGAGCCCAUUCUAUCGGCUAUGCGCAUUGUAAACACUUUGUGAAUCGCCUUUACAACUUUAAAGGGACAAACAAGCCAGAUCCGGACAUGGAUCCGAGGCAACUGAAAUCCCUUAGAAUGACUUGCCCACAACAUGGUGGCAACGUCGGUGUUGUGAUACCUUUUGAUGCAACAACACCUUUUUCAUUUGAUAAUGCAUAUUUUCAAAACUUGCAAGCGAAAUUGGGUUUGUUGGCAACUGAUAAAGAACUAUUUUUGGACCCUAGAACGAGGCCUUUAGUACAAGCAUUCGCAAACGACAAGAACAAGUUUUUUCAAGAUUUUUCUUCGGCUAUGGAGAGAUUGGGAAAUGUUGGUGUGAAAAGAGGAAAAAAGCAUGGCGAGAUACGAAGAGUAUGCAAUAUGCAUUUAUAAGGCAUAUACCCAAUUAUUUAAUUUAAUUCUUUUAUAACGUUUAUGUUGUUUGUGGCUUGUUAAUUUUUAUAAGACAUGAAUGUGAGUUUUUUUGUUACCGUUUGAUUAAACAAGAAUAUUUAAGCUUCUUUAAA